AUGGCCAGAGCCCCUCUCAAGUCCGUCAUUGUUAGCUAUCCGGACAGCACACCGAACUCAGUCCUAGACAAGGCAAAGUCUGCUAUUGUGGAAGCCGGCGGAAUCAUCACUCAUGAAUAUAGUAAGUCUGUGCGAGCCUUUUCCUGCAACGCGCCCACCGCUGUUCUGGAGAAUGUGCAGGCCUGGGGCAACGAGUACAACGCGCUGGUCGAAGAAGACUCCGUUGUCACGACAUUCGGCGGAGGAAAGGAGUAG